UAUUAUCAAAAGAAAAACUAUAGGUGGUGGGGCCCUUCUUCUCUAUUCCUGUGUGCGAGUUUGAUUAUACCAGCGUCACCGCAGCCGUUUGACUGCUACUUCUGAAAAUAAUACUCGUCCUGAGAAUUCGGAUAGCUUAGGAUCGAGAAAUUAUGGAUCAUAGUCUCGUGGAAAAGUUUAUCGAAGUUACUGGUGAAGAAGAAGCAACAGCUGCUCAAUACUUAUCACUUGCUGAUGGCAACUUAGAACAAGCAAUAAGUCUUCUGUUUGAGUCUGGUGGCUCUGCACCUUCAGCUAGUGCACAAAUUCCUGUUGUCAAUGUUGAUGAGUCUGAAGUUAGGGCUCCUAUUCUCCCAACUCAAGAGGUUCUUGUACCACCAGAUGUUACAUGUUCUUUUCCCAGGGCUUCUAACAGUAUAUUUGACAGAUUCAGAGAUUUUGCAGUUGAAACAAGAAGACAAGAGGAAGAAAUGAUGCAUAGGGCUUCCGGUGUCAGAAGAUCUUCAAGAAGUAGCAGACAGAAGCGUUUGGAAGAUUUGUUUAGGCCACCUUGUGAUAUAUUAUUUGUAGGUACCUUUGCGGAAGCUAGAGAUUAUGCCAAGAGCAUCAACAGAUGGCUACUAGUUAAUGUACAAAAUCAGCAAGAGUUUGCUUGCCAAGUACUCAAUAGAGAUGUCUGGCCUAAUGAACAAAUUAGAGAAAUUGUCAAAGAUCACUUUGUCUUGUGGCAAGUUUUAUCAAAUUCAUCUGAUGGUAAACGAUACAUAGACUUUUACAAUGUCACGGACUACCCUUACUUAGCAAUAAUAGAUCCAAGAACAGGCGAAUGUAUGAGAUCGUACAAUCAUAUAUCUGUAGACAGUUUGAUUUCUGGAUUAAAUGACAUGCUCAGUACACAUGCAUCACCUGAUAAUGUAGAAUCAGUACCAGUCAAACAAACGUCUACAAAUAUGCAAAGUAGCAUGAUGUCUAAUUCAACUGUUGUAACGAAUAUUCCAUCUAAUUCAAAAAGAUCUCACGAGCAUGAUAAAAAAGCUGGAUGUAGUUCAAAUUCAGAUAACAAAGAUCCCAAACCAAGUACAAGUGUCAAUUUAAUAAAUAGCACAUGUAGUUUUGUUAGCAAAAGAUCUAGAAUAGAUGAAAUGGGUUCGAAAGAGCAACAAAUGCAAAAAGAAAUGGAAGAGGAAGAACCUGUAGAUCCUAAUGUUCCAACAAUUAAAGUAUGUCUUCGUCUACCAAAUGGCAAUAAACAAACAAUAUCUAUCUCAGAAAAUGAUACGGUCAAGGGUUUUAUAAAGAAAAUGGAAAAGAUAGGCUACCAAUCAUCAGAAUAUACAUACCUCAUACCAUUUCCAAAAACAAACAUAGGCGAACUUUCAAUGAGUCUUCGAUUAUCAGAUACUAUCUUGUAUCCUUCCAACACAGUAUUCAUAACGAAAAUUUAGUCUAUCCAAUCGAAAUAUGUUUCCAAUUGUGUUAAAAAUUUUAGUGUAUAAUGUAAUUUGUUGAUUUGAAUUCUCAGACUUAAGAAAGUGAAAAAAAGAAAUAAAUUCAAGUUUAGUCAUUUCUAGUAACUAUUUUUUACAUUAAUUUUUCGUAACUGAAAUCUUAAAUUACGAUUUUUUUAGAUUUCUAUUUUUUAUGUCAAUUUUGUUGUUAUAACAUUUGUAUUAAAAAAUGCUAUAAACUUUUCUAAGAUUUUCAAUUGUACAUAAAGUUAAUGAAAUUUUUUUAUUUACAUACUCAUCCUAACACUGCCAAUCAUAAACUUAAAUCGUCUCUUUAUUUCA